AUGCAUAAUCUAACAUCGAGAAAACUUGGCGGACCAUCGGGUAUCCUCAUCCCUCCUUAUCGUAUCCUGGGAAAGAUAGAGGACCAGGUCUGGAAUCCACCAACCAAAGACUGUGCAUAUGUUUUCUGCCACAUGGAUCUAUCCCAGCAUAACAUCAUCGUAGACCCAGUGACGUUGAAAAUCAAAGCUAUCAUCGAUUUUGAAUGCUCGGGCUUUUGGCCUGCGCAAUUUGAUUUCCCUUUUCAUACAAGGCUUGGCCCUUCAGUCGCUCGCGAAGGGGGGAUUGACGAUACAGACGAGCUGCUGAAAUUCCUCACAAGUCACGCAGAUGCCACAUUCACUAUAGCAUAA